CUUUCUCUCUGUCUACUACUCCUCCCAUGUUCUCUGUGGGGGAGGAAGGAGGUGGUUUGUCUUUGGCUAGUGUCUUUUGCUCUCAUCACACUCUACCAUCUCAGUCAAUCAGUAACCGGACGACACACAGCAUGGAGCUCUCUACUCUGGGCCUGCUGCUCUUGCUGAUCUUGUGUUCCUACUCUGGACAUGCAGCAGGGGAAGAGACUCCCAAAGCUGUUCUGGUGCUGGAUCCUGUCCAAACACAGUUCUACACUGGAGAGUCUGUCACUCUCAGAUGCGACAUAGAGGGGCAGGACACCUCAGGAUGGCGUUUCAUCUGGUGCAAAGAUGGUCAAAUUUACUACCCACAAGAAGCCUGGAGAGUCUGGAAUGAAUACACAGUGCAGCCCCUGCAUGUGUCCCAUAGUGGUGACUACACAUGCUCUGGUGUCAAAAAUAACACACACAGCAGAGUGAGUGAGGGAGUGAAACUGCAAGUAUUAGAUCUGCCCACAGCUGCAGUAACUGUAGUGUCUCCUCAGCCUCCCUUCUAUCCUGGAGAUACAGUCACUCUGAGGUGUGAUAUAGCAGAACACACACACUGGGGUCAGUAUGACUGGUAUAAAGACAGUGACCAGAUAUCCAGCCAGAACAGGAAGACCAUCACCAUCUCUCUUCCUGAUGAUGCUGGCCAUUACACAUGCAAAGGACAUGGAGGAAUUCGGCCGAGGAAUUCUCAGAGCAGUACAUCUUUCUCUAUCAGUGUCACAGAUCUGCCCACAGCUGCAGUAACUGUAGUGUCUCCUCAGCCUCCUUUCUAUCCUGGAGAUACAGUCACUCUGAGCUGUGAUAUAGCAGAACACACAGACUGGUAUCAGUAUUACUGGUACAGAGGUAGUGAUUGCAUUCACCAAUGGAAUAAACAAUCCACCACCAUCUACCUCCCUGAUCGAGCUGGCCAGUACCACUACACAUGUGAAGGCACUAGAGGAAAAAGACCUAAGACCUCCCAGAGUAGUACUCCAGUCUCUGUCAGUGUAAGAGCUUGUCCAGAGCCUGAACUGACAGUACAAACCAGUCAUGUGUUCACUGGAGAAACAGUCACUCUGACAUGUGCAAUACAGCCUACAAGACACUGGACAUAUGUGUGGUAUAAACAUGGGUUGUAUUUAUUUAAAACCUCUGAGACAAACACCUACACCAUCAGCAGAGCCACUAUGUCUGACCAGGGGGAGUAUAUGUGCUAUGGACUGAGAGAGAGUAGUGGGACAUAUUCACCUCAGAGCAAUACUGUUCAGAUUACAGUGGAAGAGCUGCCUUUGGCUACAGUGACUGUAGAGCCCAAGAGUCCUGUGUUCACUGGAGAGAUGGUCACUCUGAAGUGUGUGAUGGAGUCUCUCAGUGGCUGGACAUAUAAGUGGUAUAAGGGGCCCAGCAGAACCCCAGUGUCUGAGGGAAACACCUUCACCAUCAGAGGAGCUGCAGAGUCUCAUAAGGGCCAGUACUGGUGUCAGGGGGAGAGGAGAGACAGACCCACAGCAUCACAACCAAGCAGGAAAAUAACUCUUGAUGUUAAAGCAUCAAAGCCCAAAGUCACAUUAAGUCCAGACCACCAGCUCCUCACAGGAGACUCAGUGACUCUGAGAUGUGAGUUGUUGGGUGUUUCCUCUGGUUUGGUGUUCUACUGGUACAGAGACACACAGACCUCUGAUCCUGUGGCCCAGACUGAUGGAAACUCCUACAGCAUCAGCUCUGUUAAAGUCUCUGAUGGAGGACAGUACUGGUGCAGAGCUGGGAGAGGAGACCCAGUCUUCUAUACUCAAUAUAGUGAUGCAGUUGAGAUCAAGUGUAUAGGUUAG